AAUAGACUAGUUUAAAGAAUGGUCAAGACAAUGAAGAUCCUUUUGCUGCUGUUCCUCUGCACAGCCACUGUGUGGUGUAGUGAUUACGAUGAAGACGAUGAGGAUCUUGAAGGGAUUAUAAAAGCUCGUGGACACAGACCAGUUUCCAAAGGCAGUGAAGUAUUACCUACCCGCAAACCACCUCCUCCACCUGUCAGUGGGGGUGGUUAUAGUGCUCGCCCUACAAAGGGUACUGACGUUCGUCGAAAGGUAGAAAAUCUUGUUCAUCCCGAUGAGGGAGGCUGUAAGCACGCAUAUGAGGAGCUUGGAGUACUCUGUCCAACUGGUUGUGAGCUGCGUACGUCAAUGUUGAAACAAGAAAAAAAUGUUAAGGAUGCAAUUAAAGAUGUGAGCGGCAGAGUAAAUGCAUUGGCACAGUCAACAAACACUAUAUAUAAGUACGCAUCUGUUCUGAGAAACAGUGUGUAUGCAAGGAGUGAGCUCAACACAGAUAACAAUGAUGUUGCAAAGACCUAUAAUGAUGAAUUGGAAGAACAUUAUACUUACAUCAAGGAAAAUUUGGAUACCAACAUUCCAUCCAACAUUCGUAUCCUCCGCCAAGUGUUGGAAAACCUGAGGUCAAAAAUCCAGAAAUUGGAAGCCACAAUUUCCUCUCAAGUUGAAAACUGCCGUUCUCCUUGUGUUACAACGUGCAACAUUCCAGUAAUCUCUGGCAAAGAGUGUGAAGACAUCUAUAGAAAGGGAGGUGAUAGCUCAGAGAUGUAUCUUAUACAGCCUGAUGGAGUUUCUAAACCAUACAAAAUUUAUUGUGACAUGGAAACAAAUAAUGGAGGAUGGGCACUUAUCCAGAACAGGCAAGAUGGCAGUGUUGGAUUUGGAAGAACAUGGGAUGCCUACAGAUCUGGAUUUGGUAACAUUGCUCGGGAUGGUGGCAAAAAAAUCUGUGACUUUCCAGGUGAAUAUUGGCUUGGUAAUGAGAAAAUAAGUCAGCUUACUAAUGCGGGGCGCACUGAAGCUUUGUUUGAAAUGGAAGACUGGGAUAACACCAAAGUGUCUGCGCUGUAUAAUAAAUUCACCGUACAAAAUGAGGCUAAUAAAUACCAGCUAUCUGUCAGUGGCUAUACAGGCACUGCUGGAAAUGCUCUUAUAGAGGGCGCAUCACAACUUAAAGGAGAAAAUAGAACAAUGACAAUACACAAUGGAAUGUACUUCAGUACAUAUGACAGAGACAAUGAUGGCUGGUUUAGUACAGAUCCAGACAAGCAAUGCUCAAGAGAAGAUGGUGGUGGAUGGUGGUACAACCGCUGCCACGCUGCCAAUCCUAAUGGAAGAUAUUACUGGGGUGGUAGCUAUUCGUGGGAUAUGGCAAAGCAUGGCACAGAUGAUGGUGUUGUAUGGAUGAACUGGAAAGGUUCUUGGCAUUCAUUGAAGAAGAUAAGCAUAAAAAUCAGACCUUACAUCCAGGGAUAAUCAGACCUUCAAAGUGUGUCUUGUUUUGCAAUUUACAAUAUGUAAAGCAAAGAGCUUUUCCAAAAGACACAAAUCACCUUGAAAAUCAACAACA